AUGUUCAGCUGGUUGGGUAACGAUGAUCGCCGCAAGAAGGACCCCGAGGUCUUCCAGACGGUGAGUGAGGGGCUCAAGAAACUCUACAAAAGCAAGCUGCUGCCCCUGGAAGAAUAUUACCGCUUCCAUGAGUUCCACUCACCUGCCCUGGAGGAUGCUGAUUUCGACAACAAGCCCAUGGUCCUGUUGGUGGGCCAGUACUCUACUGGGAAGACCACCUUCAUCAGGUACCUGCUGGAACAGGAUUUCCCAGGCAUGAGGAUCGGGCCCGAGCCGACCACUGAUUCUUUCAUAGCAGUGAUGCAAGGGGACGUAGAGGGGAUCAUCCCUGGGAACGCCCUGGUGGUGGAUCCGAAGAAACCCUUCAGAAAGCUCAAUGCCUUCGGCAAUGCCUUCUUGAACAGGUUUGUGUGUGCCCAGCUGCCCAAUGCCGUCCUGGAGAGCAUCAGUGUCAUCGACACACCGGGGAUCCUCUCCGGCGAGAAACAGAGGAUCAGCCGAGGGUAUGAUUUUGCUGCUGUCCUUGAAUGGUUUGCCGAGCGGGUGGACCGCAUCAUCCUGCUCUUUGACGCCCACAAGCUGGACAUCUCUGACGAGUUCUCGGAAGUCAUCAAGGCUCUCAAGAACCAUGAGGACAAGAUGCGAGUCGUGCUGAACAAGGCGGACCAGAUUGAGACCCAGCAGCUGAUGCGGGUGUACGGGGCCCUCAUGUGGUCCCUGGGGAAGAUCGUGAACACACCGGAGGUGAUCCGGGUCUACAUUGGCUCCUUCUGGUCCCACCCUCUCCUCAUUCCUGACAACCGGAAGCUCUUUGAAGCUGAAGAGCAGGACUUGUUCAGAGACAUCCAGAGUCUACCCCGUAAUGCUGCCCUUCGAAAGCUCAAUGACCUCAUCAAGAGGGCCCGGCUGGCCAAGGUCCACGCCUACAUCAUCAGCUCCUUGAAGAAAGAGAUGCCCUCGGUGUUUGGAAAGGACACCAAAAAGAAGGAGCUGGUGAACAACCUGGCUGAAAUUUAUGGCCGGAUUGAGCGAGAGCACCAGAUCUCCCCCGGGGACUUCCCCAACCUGAAGAGGAUGCAGGACCAGCUGCAGGCCCAGGACUUCAGCAAAUUCCAGCCACUGAAGAGCAAGCUCCUGGAGGUGGUAGAUGACAUGCUGGCACACGACAUUGCCCAGCUCAUGGUGCUGGUGCGCCAGGAAGAGACCCAGCGACCUGUCCAGAUGGUGAAAGGCGGGGCAUUUGAGGGAACCCUACAAGGCCCCUUCGGGCAUGGCUAUGGAGAGGGAGCCGGGGAAGGUAUUGAUGAUGCCGAGUGGGUGGUGGCCCGAGACAAGCCUAUGUAUGAUGAGAUCUUCUACACCCUGUCCCCGGUGGACGGCAAGAUCACGGGCGCCAAUGCCAAAAAGGAGAUGGUACGCUCCAAGCUACCCAACAGCGUGCUGGGCAAGAUCUGGAAGCUAGCUGACAUUGACAAGGAUGGCAUGCUGGAUGACGAGGAGUUUGCCCUGGCCAAUCACCUCAUCAAAGUCAAGCUGGAGGGGCAUGAACUACCCAAUGAGCUGCCUGCCCACCUCAUUCCUCCAUCUAAGAGGAAAGUACCUGAGUGACAGAGCCAGGUAACUUCAGACAGGCAGUGUUAGAAGAGAGAAUGGGCAUGAUGACCAUACACACACACACACACACACACACACACACACACACACACACACACACACACACACACAUAUACAGUGUGACUUGACAGUCACACUGUAGACUAGAAAGGUCCAUCCUCGUUUGAACACCUCUUCAAGUUCCCAGGGUUGGAAGAAGGGCAGCUGUACCUCUUCUGUCCCGGGAUAUAUAAGCCCGUGUCUCCAAAUUUCCUCUCUGUCUCCCAUUCCCCAGAGACAUGAGGCAAUUGCCUGGCCCACAGAUGGCCCAACCUUCCCUAUCCCCCAGUGCCUCCGCACCUACGCUCUGAGCAGAUGGGAAAGGCUUUUCAUGGAAUAGACAGUUCGCUUUCUGUUCUGUGCUUUUAUUUCUCUUCUUUAGCUUCCUAAUUAGAAAUUUACUCAGGGGCUGGGAGCUGUGAGGGAAAGAGGAGAAGCUGGGGGAAGAUAAUCAAAUGGAGACACCUCCUUGGGGCACUGCAUCCCAGACUUGAAGAAACACUGGCCCGUGUUCUUUGUAUCUUUCUGAACCGAAGACACCCUGUCUUCCUCACCACACUUGAACUCUGCCUGCCAUUUUUGUGUCAAAGAAUCCCAGAUGGGGAGAGAAAAGGAAAAACUUGGUAGAAAGCACAAGGAAGUUGCCCUGGGGUCUUCUUCAACAGGGCAUUUGUAGUUCACCGGUUUAUCAAGCCUAGGCUGUCUGGAUACUCGGUUUCUUUACAUACACCAAGCCCCUCCUGUGUGGUAGGGACAGUGUUAGGCACUUUAUACAUGUUGGUUCCUGAGGCCUUCACUAAUGCCCUUUCCAAGUAUACAUCACCCCCGACAUGCGUUUUUCAGGUGAGGAGCCAGAGGCCCAGAGUAGUUUAGGGGACCUUCCCGAACUUCUGAGGUCACAAGGAGAGAGGAUGCCAAUCCUCCGUCUGUCCCUGUUCUGUGAUGGAUGAAAGGUCCCAGCGCUGCCACUUGGUGAUAAAGCACAGAACCCUCCUCACACAGCCUCCCAGAGCAUCCAGGCAAGGCAAGAGGGCUCACCAGCAUUUGGUGGGCCAUCCAUCUGGCCAUCUGUCACCUCCUAGAAGCAAACUGUGCCUUCUGGCUCUGUGCCUCGUGUUCCCAACAUCACAGAAGUCCAGCCAAGCCAUCAGGAGAGUGGGCUGGCCUGCUGGAUGCUGUUUGUUCCUGUUCCCACUGAGCCUCCUGUCUGUUCACCUAGAGCAUCCCAGCUCAAAUUCAGCCACUGGAUGUCACCAAGCAGGACUUCGUGCUAGUUCUCAGAAGGCCACCUUGAGAGGACCGGGACCUUGUUCUCUGUAGACUUUCAGGGACUCUGGUGUCCUUGGCAACAAUCCCCCAACUGUGCUCAGUGCCCUGCAUCCUCCUCUGUGGCCUCUCCCUUGCCUUGCUCCCCAGCCACUGGUCCAGCGACUGUCUGCUACACUCCUACUGUGAUGGAAAGCAAAGCGACUGUAACUUAUUUUGUAUCGAUGUUCAGACUAUAUAGAGACUGUUCUGUGUAUCUACCAUGUGCUUAUAACUGCAUUGUGUCUGUCGUUAGGAUUCAUGUUAAUACAAAACAUUUAUCCUUUGGUA